AUGCUUGUCGUCAAGAUACUCCUGUUCUGUAUUGCUACCGUAUACGCUAAUCCACGUCUCUGUGAAGUGGAUGGUAGCUGCCGAGCCUGCGGCGAUGGCCGAUAUUCCUUCUACAGAUGCCAACACCAAGGCGAUUGUUUUCAGGGAGAAACGUGCGAUGGAGAAUUUUGCUGUCCGAUGAAUCGACAACAAAUGUCUGGCGUCCAGAAUGAAUCCGAUUUAAAUGAACCAUGCCCGGAUGGGUCAACCUGGAUGCGAAGGUGCAAUCGCGACUCACAAUGCAAUGCCGAGAAUGAAUUGUGCGCAGAGGGGAAAUGUUGUGUCGUCUGCUGGGUAAGAAGACGCACCGUAUUGGAUGAAAUGGAACCAUCAACGGAACUCUUCGGCGCCCACAUCCCCCAAUGCGAUGCGGCAGAAAUAAGACUAUAUCGCCCCAGGCAAUGCCUGGCUGGCACUGACACCUGCUGGUGCGCCAAUCCCUUUGGAAGAAAGGUCGAGCAGCCCAAUGCUUCCCCAUGUCCGGUAUAUGGUUGUCAGCCUGGGUGUCAAUGCUUACCAGGUUUCGUUCGAGCCACCUCUUCUCCAAUCUCACAAUGUGUCCCUUAUACGCUGUGUUCACCCGUUGGACUGCCAGCCCAACCACAAUGCAAGGAUCCUAAUCGAGAGUACAACAAAUGCGGAUCCUCAUGCCCAAUUUCUUGUGAAACCCGGCUUACACCACCUUGUGGAAGGGGAUGCGUAGAAGGAUGUUUCUGCCGCGUUCCCUACAUCCUCGAAAAGAAAGACGAUCCACUGAACUCCCGAUGUAUUCUCCCCGCUGAAUGUCCGCUCAUCUCUCAACCGACAACAACCACGCAAUUGCCCCCACUCCUAAUCACACCCCCCGUACAACAACCGUUCUCCGGAUUCGGCCGUACACUUCCGACAAUAUCUGUACCCCCACUGCAACAAUCAACCCUGCCACCUCUGCCUCCAUACCCAUCAAUCGGAGCUUUUCCUCCGCUUCCUAGCCCUCCCACCACUACUGCUUCACCUUUCCCAUCUUUAUUCCCUACAGCUCCAACAGUUCGUCAAUGUGAAGAUCCUCAAAAACAAUGGAUGACUUGUGGAUCGGCUUGUCCAGUUGGAUGCGACUCUAGCCCAUUUUCCGGUAACUGUGGCCAGGGGUGUGUGGCUGGUUGUUUCUGCACUCCUCCCUUCAUUCUCUUAUCCACUGCCAAUCCGAUGUCUAGCUGUGUCUUACCUCCACAAUGUCCACAGGGUUCUCAGGAUUCUGUGAAUACGUCAACAGCCCAGCCGAAGCAACCGACCUGUGGAGAUCCGAGAAAAGUGUAUUCGGAAUGUGGCGCCGAGAGGUGCGCUCGUUCUUGCUGGAACCCAAGUGGCGUAUGUAUGCCGGGCACCUGUUUCUCUGGUUGUAUUUGCCGAGAACCUUAUGUUUUGGCGGAUCCCGGAAAUACGAAUAGCCGUUGUGUGUUGCCGAACGAAUGUGAUAGUUCGUGUCAGGACUCGCGAAAGGAAUUCAUCAACUGCGGAUCUGCUUGCCCGCUGGGCUGCGAUAAUCGUGAUCCGCGCCAUUGCACGCCCUGCGAAAAAGGAUGCUACUGUAGAAACGGAUUCGUUUUCCGCAAUUCUACCGAUUGGCGCAACUCGGAUUGCAUAACCUUAGAAGAAUGCCCAGUCACCCCACCAGCACGUGGAACCGCUUUUAUUUCAGAGUCUUCUACUCCUGCUUCUUCAGCGCCGAUUUCUUUAGAACCCCCAAAAGCUGAUUCGACAACUCCAUUCCCAAUCCCUAUGUCAUCCCAGUGCCCAGCUACAACACUAGACAUCGGUGGAAAGGCAUGUAUUCUAGAUUCAGAAUGCCCGAACGGACAGUUCUGCUGCCGUGCGCGUAUCGAGGCUCUCAAUGCAUCUCCACAACGUUGCACAUGUGCAGACAGUAAUGCCGUGUGGACAGGCUGUGGAAGCCUUUGUCCUGAAUAUUGUGGACAACCAAAUAAGCCUGUUUGUUCUUCCACUUGUAAUCCAUCAUGUCAAUGCGCGCCGGGAUAUAUUCGAAUCAGGAAUGAAUUAAAUGCAGCGUGUGUGAAACGAGAGGAAUGUCCGGCUUCAUCACAAAAUCAAGAUGGGGACCUUGGGCCGAUGGCCACAUUGCGUGAUAUUACGCCCGAUACAACGGAGAAGGGAUUUACCACAUUCUUUAGAGACGUCGCAACGGCUCAUCUCGUCAGUCCACACUCGUUCGUGUCGGGCAAAUUCACCUUUGAGCGAAUUGCCGAUUCGGUGACCAGGAUUCGAGGUUCGAUGGAUCAAUUACCAGCUGGUAGUCAUGCGGUGGUUAUGCAUCAGUUUGGUGAUGUCACUGAUAGUUGUGCAAGGCUGGGCCCAGUAUUCCUCGGAUCAAGACCACAAGUUUCCGGUAUACUAGGUGAUGUUGUUGGAGGUCAAGGCAAUACAGCCGAAUUUGUACGUCUCGUCGACUGGCCUGUGCAAGAAGUAGUCGGCCGAGGGAUCGCUGUGUACCUACCAGGAACGAAAGAGUGGACGAUGAGGAGUGGGGACAUCCGACCUCUGGCUUGUGCGACGAUAGGAGUGACACGGAGA